ACCCGGACCCGGAAGUGCAGCUGUAAACAUUGCUGCUAUCUUCUUUUAAAGAUGGUGUACGUGUCUAAUGGUCAGGUCCUGGACAACAGGAUGCAGUCGCCAUGGCGGCUGUCUCUCCUGGUUGAUCUCUUCUGGGGAGUGGUGGAGUUUUUCGGACUGUUUUUCAAGACAAUAAUUCACCCUGACAUGACGAAGGAUGGAUACGGCGGUACGUCAAGCUACAGUGAUGGCAGAGGUCCUCCAGGUCCCCCUGGUAGCAGAAGAAGGAUGGGAAGAGUAAACCAUGGUGCAGGUCCCAACGCCCCACCAAUGGGUGGAGGAGGAUGAGGAAGGUAAACGCCUACACAUCCAGUGUAGGCGUGGGGCCCGGCCCAGUGUCUGUCUGUUGAGAACAUGAAGAAAGAUGGUGAUGUCACUGUGCUGAAGCCCCUCCUCAUUGGCUGCUGCUGCCACGAGCAGUUUCAUGACACCUUUCUGGGAAUUCCUACACGUAGGGGCCAGAUCGGCUGAUAAAGCAGCUAUCCUCAUCAUUUUCUCCCUUUUUCCUGCUUCUGCAGUUUCAUUUUCCUGUGACACCAGAGCUGUGUGUCACUAUUACGAUCAUCCCCCUGGGAAUCUUUAGGUUACUUUAAUCUUUGUUUUGUAUUAUUCUGUUUGAAUAAAGAUUUACGCUGUUUAAACCCAA